AUGGCAAGCAAUGCGGAGGUGCCGGAGGAUGCCGACGACGAGAUCGUUCAGGUGGAAGCCAAGACCGAGGAGCUGAAGCCGACGAAGGCCAAGAUCAAGCCCGCCUCCGUUUGCAAGCUCUUUUCCAUGAUGGACUGUCUCGAGGUGGUGGUGUUGCUGACCGGCUGUGUUGGAGCCAUUGGCAAUGGCUUGUCGCAGCCAUUGCUGUGCAUCGUCUUCGGCGACCUCAUUGAUGGCAUGGGUGCUGCUACGGGUGGCACGGCCUCCUUCACCAGCGAGCAGAUGCUGGCCGCCAUGGACGGCAUGAUGUCGCAGAUGGAGGAGCUCUGCAUCACCAUGGUGCUCGUGGGCGUGGGCGCCACCUUCGCCGCCUCCCUUCAGGGAGCCUGCUUCAAGAUCUUUGCGGAGAAGCAGGCCUUCAAGUUCCGGGUCCUCUACUUCGACACGGUGCUCCACCAGGACGUGAGCUGGUUCGACACGAAGGAGGUUGCCGCACUGCCGGCCGAGAUCAACGACGACCUGGAGAAGAUCCAAGACGCCUUCGGCGACAAGUUCGGGAACGGCGUGAUGGCCCUCUCUGCGUUCCUGGGCGGCUUCGGCUGUGCAUUCGGCCUCGGCUGGCUCAUCGCACUGGUGAUGUGCUCCAUCCUGCCCUUCAUGGGUGUUGGUGCCGCCAUCAUGGGAAAGGCGGUCCAGGAGAUUCAGAACGAGUCGCAGAGCUGGUACGCCAAGGCCUCGGCGGUCGUCGAGGAGUGCCUCAACGCCAUGCGCACCGUCGUGGCCUUCGGUGGAGAGCACCGCGAGCUGAAGAAGUUCUCGGCCGCCCUGGUCGAGACGCGACGCGGCGGGGUGCGGAACGGCUUCAAGGUCGGCGCUGGCAUGGGCUACACCAUGAUGAUCGUGUUCUUGGGAUAUGGCCUGGCCUUCUGGUUCGGCAUGACACUGCGAUACAACGACGAGCUGAACCCAGCUACCGGAGAGCUCUGGGAGCCCGGCACGAUUAUGGCCAUCUUCUUCUGCAUCUUCAUCGGCAGCUUCAUGAUCGGCAACCUCGACCCGAGCAUCAAGGCCAUGAAGGCCGCGCAGACGGCGGCGGGGCGCUUCUUCCUGGCUUUGGAGAACAAGCCCAACAUCCAGUGCCGCCUGGAGGACAAGCGCGAGGACAUCAGCAACAUCGACAGCUUUGAAUUCCAGGAUGUGCACUUCACCUACCCGGCACGGCCUGAUGUCAAGGUCCUGAACGGCCUGUCCCUGACCAUCAAGAGGGGUCAGAAAGUGGCAGUGGUCGGCGAGUCGGGAUCAGGGAAGUCCACCGUCAUGGCUCUUCUCGAGCGCUUCUACGACCCGGACUCCGGGCAGGUGUUGGUGAACGGCCGGAACAUGACGAGCUUCAAGACGUCGGCCUUGCGACAGUGCGUUGGCUACGUGGGCCAGGAGCCGGUGCUCUUUGCCAGCUCGAUCCGCCACAACAUCAUGCAGGGCAACCCAUCAGCCAGUAAGGAGGACUUCGCCAAGGCCUGCGCGGACGCCCAGCUGGGCUUUGUGGAUGGGCUGCCGGAAAAGUACAACACUUUCGUCGGCAGCGGCGGCGGCCAGCUGUCUGGGGGUCAGAAACAGCGCAUCGCCAUUGCCAGGGCCCUGCUGAAGAAGUCUUCCUUCCUCUUCCUGGACGAGGCCACCAGUGCUUUGGACAACGCAUCAGAGAAGAUGAUCCAGGCCACGAUCGACAGCAUCAGCGCAAAUACCACCGAAGGCCUGGGGAUUGUAAGCAUUGCCCACCGCCUCAGCACUGUGCGCAACUCUGAUCUCAUUUACGUGCUCAGCCGCGGCACGUUGGUGGAGCAGGGCAACCAUGCCUCGCUCAUGGAGAAGAAGGGCACUUACUAUGCCCUGGUCGCGGCCCAGGAGUCGUCUCACAAGGCGGACGAUGAGGACACCAACGCGCCCGGCUUGCCCCACGACAACACCGUGGCGAUGGUGAAGCGCUCCUCGACAAACUCCGGAGAGUCAGAGACCCAGCGUGUGAAGAAGGAGAAGGAGGCGGAAGCCAAUCGAGAAAAGGACAUCGUCAAGAAUUACAAGGUGCCGAUGAGGCGACUCCUCAGCUACAACAGGCCAGAGUGGCCUUUCUUUGUGCCCGCUGUGCUUGGUGCGAUGGUGGACGGAUCUGCAAUGCCCGUUUGCACGAUCGCCCUCGUCGGGUCCAUGGACGGCUUCUACAAGCCAGACAAAGAGGAGAUGCGGUCUGACUUGGAACUCAUGGCACUCAUCUUUGUGAUUAUUGGCGUGAGUACCCUCGUUGGGUCGACCAUCUCGCAUGGCUGCUUCUCAAUUCUCGGUGAGGCCAUGACGCAGCGUCUCCGUGUGGCUAUCUUGACGGGCAUGUUCCGUCAGGAGGUGGGAUUCCAUGAUGAUCCAGCCAACACACCAGGAAUGCUUUCGAAGGCCCUGGAGCUUUGGGCAUUCCGCGUCUCCACGCUGUGCAAGUCCGUGCAGGCUAAGGCAGCGGCCAUGAGUUCGUUGGUUGUGGGUCUCGUGAUCGCCUUCGUCUACUGCUGGCAGAUGUCGCUCGUCAUGCUGGGCUCCAUCCCAAUCAUGAUUGCGGCCCAGGCCAUCCAGAUGCUGGUGCUCCUCGGUGCCUCGAAAACGGAGAAUGAGAACAUCACCAACGCCAACCAGAUCGUCGUCGACUCCGUGAUGAACGCUCGCACAGUGCAGGCGUUGGGUGUGGAGAAGGGAUUGGUGGGCAUGUAUGUUGGUUGGGUUGAGAAGUCCCUGGUCGGCAUGUGGAGGCGCAACAUUUUGGCAGGACUUGGCUUCGGAGUCUCCAACGGCAUCAUGUUCUUCAUCAUGGCCGGUGGCUUCUACGUCGCGUCUCUGCUGAUCAAGGAAGGCGUCGCCGACUUCCAGGGCGUGAUGAUGGCCUUCAUGGGCAUCUUCUACGCAGGCAUGGGAGCUGGCCAGGCCGCCGUGAUGGUGGGCGACGCCACGAAGGCCAAGGUGGCGUGCCACGACAUGUUCCAGCUCAUGGACCGUAUCUCGGCCAUCGACGGCUUGGAGCCCAAGGGCGAGUCUCCCCAGGGGCUGCAGGCUGGCCACAUUGAGUUCCGGGACGUGAAGUUCUUCUACCCCUUCCGUCCGGAGGUCCAGGUGCUCAAGGGCAUCUCCUUCAGCAUCUCCGCAGGGCAGUCGGUGGGUCUGGUCGGUCCCUCCGGCGGCGGCAAGAGCACCGUGAUGUCCUUGAUCCAGCGCUUCUACGAUCCCCAGAACGGCCAGGUCUUCGUGGGUUCCGAGCGCGUCGCGCUGAACACCGUGAACAUCCGGUGGUGGCGCCGCCAGAUUGGCUUCGUGGGCCAGGAGCCCAUCCUCUUCAACACCACCGUGCGUGCCAACAUCAUGUACGGCCUGGAUGAUGGCGAGACCGUCACCGACGAGUAUGUCAAGCAGUGUGAGAAGAUGGCGAACUUGGCUUUCUUGUACAAGAAUGGCAAUAAGGGCCUAGAGACGGAGGUCGGCCCCAGGGGUGGCCGCCUCUCUGGCGGCCAGAAGCAGCGGGUGGCCAUCUGCAGGGCACUGAUCCGCAAUCCACCGGUGAUGCUGCUGGAUGAGGCCACCAGCGCGCUGGACACGCAGAGCGAGGCGAUCGUGCAGAAGGCCCUGGAGGCCGCGCGGGAGGGCCGCACCUCCUUCGCCAUUGCGCACCGGCUGUCCACCAUCCAAGGCUGCGACGUCAUCCUCGUCAACGCCGAUGGCCGCGUGGUGGAGAAAGGGAACCACGCGGAGCUGAUGGCCCUGAAGGGAGUCUACUACAAGCUUCAGAUGCAGGCGCAGAAGUGA